UGGGGGAGGUGGUGGCGCUUGGCGGCUGCUGGCGGCCGAGGUAGAAGAGUCUGAGGCGCCGGAGUUGUGCGGGGCCGGCGGCGGCAGAUUUGGGGCGUAAACAGCAUUUUCCAGAGAAUACUGCUAGUGCAGCCGCGAUUGCAACUGAAGAUCUUGGUACCUACCCACCACACAUUGGUGGGGAGACACUCCUCAGAUACAUCACCUGGGCAGUAUUUCAAAGUUACAAUGAUUGGGCCUCAGUGGUAGAGCUUGAUUAGCAUGUGAGUGACCCUGGGCUUGGUUCUCCUCAUCAGCAAACAAAUGACUACAACAAAAUCCAGUGAUUCACCGCUAGAUGAGGAAACUGAGACUUGUUGAAGUUACAAAAUUUGUCCAAAGUCACACAGCUUAUAAAGGGCACAGUCAAGAUUCAGAGCCAGAUUGUAAAAAAUUAAAAUGAACAAACUACGGCAAAGUUUUAGGAGAAAGAAAGAUGUUUAUGUUCCAGAGGCCAGUCGUCCACAUCAGUGGCAGACAGAUGAAGAAGGUGUUCGCACUGGAAAAUGUAGCUUCCCAGUUAAGUACCUCGGGCAUGUAGAAGUUGAUGAGUCAAGAGGAAUGCACAUCUGCGAAGAUGCUGUAAAAAGAUUGAAAGCUGAAAGGAAGUUCUUCAAAGGCUUCUUUGGAAAAACUGGAAAGAAAGCUGUAAAGGCAGUCCUGUGGGUAUCAGCAGAUGGACUCAGAGUCGUGGAUGAAAAAACUAAGGACCUCAUAGUUGACCAGACAAUAGAGAAAGUUUCCUUCUGUGCCCCAGAUAGGAACUUCGAUAGAGCCUUCUCUUACAUCUGUCGUGAUGGCACCACGCGACGCUGGAUUUGUCACUGCUUCAUGGCUGUCAAGGACACGGGUGAAAGAUUGAGCCAUGCAGUGGGCUGUGCUUUUGCAGCUUGUUUAGAGCGUAAACAGAAACGAGAGAAGGAAUGUGGAGUGACUGCUACAUUUGAUGCCAGUCGGACCACUUUUACAAGAGAAGGAUCAUUCCGUGUCACAACUGCCACUGAACAAGCAGAAAGAGAAGAGAUCAUGAAACAAGUACAGGAUGCCAAGAAGGUUGAAACAGAUAAGACAGUUGUUGGUUCAUCAGCGGCCCCUGGCAACACUGCCCCAUCCCCAUCCUCUCCCACUUCUCCCAGUAUGGAUGCUGCUGCCUCUCUGGAGACGAACAAUCCUCAUGCCAUCCCACGCCGGCAUGCACCAAUUGAACAGCUUGCUCGCCAAGGCUCUUUCCGGGGAUUUCCUGCUCUUAGCCAGAAGAUGUCACCCUUUAAACGCCAGCUAUCCCUACGCAUCAACGAGUUACCUUCCACUAUGCAAAGGAAGACUGAUUUCCCCAUAAAAAACUCAGUGCCAGAGGUAGAAGGAGAAGCAGAGAGCAUCAGUUCCUUAUGCUCACAGAUCACCAAUGCCUUCAGCACACCCUCUGAGGACCCAUUCUCCUCUGCCCCAAUGACCAAACCAGUGACGGUGGUAGCACCACAGUCUCCUGCCUUCCAAGCUAAUGACACUGACUCAACUUUCCAUGCGCUUGCUACCAAACCAGCCCACACUGCUGCUGCUCUAGCACCUGCAGCAGUGCCUGUGCGUGAAACCAACCCUUGGGCUCAUGCCCCUGAUGCAGCUAACAAGGGAAUUGCAGCCACACAAUCCGGGACCGAGUGGGGUCAGUCUUCUGGUGCUGCCUGUCCAGGUCUCUUCCGGGCUGGUCACAGACGCACUCCCUCUGAAGCUGACCGCUGGUUAGAAGAAGUAUCAAAGAGCGUCCGGGCCCAGCAGCCUCAGGCCUCAACUGCCCCUCCUCCGCCAGUUCUCCAGCCUCCUCCACCCACCGCCAUCACCCAGCCAGCACCACCUUUCCAAGGCAAUGCAUUCCUCACCUCUCAGCCCGUGCCAGUGGGUGUGGUCCCACCUCUGCAGCCAGCCUUUAUCCCUGCCCAGUCCUACCCUGUGGCCAAUGGUUUGCCCUAUCCAGCCUCUAAUGUGCCCGUGGUGGGCAUCACCCCCUCCCAGAUGGUAGCCAAUGUGUUUGGCACUGCAGGCCAUACUCAAGUCACUCACCCCCAUCAGUCUCCGAGCCUGGCCAAGCAGCAGACAUUCCCUCAGUAUGAGACAAGCAGUGCUUUCUGUAAGCCUCCUGUUCAGCAGCUCAACGGCUCUGCAGCUUUCAAUGGUGUAGACGAUAGCAGGUUGACCUCAGGAGACAAGCAUGCAGAGGUGCCCACAGGCACCUGCCCGGUGGAUCCUUUCGAAGCCCAGUGGGCUGCAUUAGAAAGCAAGUCCAAGCAGCGUACUAAUCCCUCCCCUACCAACCCUUUCUCCAGCGACUUACAGAAGACAUUUGAAAUCGAACUUUAGACAAUUUCUGUGGCGCCUAUAUCUUGUCUGUACUUAAACAGGGAAGGGGUGGAGGGCAAAGGAAUAAAGGGGACUGUGCCUUCCUGAUCAGUACACUUCAAUAAUCCCAAAGGUCCCAAGGAGCAAAGCCCAAGAAGCACAGGUGCAUUAAAGGGGUGAUGUUGAAAGAAAUGGAAGAAAGCCAUUCCUAGAGAAGACUGGCCCGCAGCUGGCUAGAGGAGACAAGGAAGGUCGCCCUCUGUCCCCUCUCUCCCUUUACAAGUUUCUGGCUACAGAGGCAGAAGUAGCUGAGUGGGAACCUAUUCAAAGCACAUUGACUGAAAUCUAAAACAUAGGAAGCAAAACAAUCUCCCUUUAGUUUUCAGGCCGUUCACCCGCUCUUCCAGUGCCUCCCAGUGCCACGGCAGGUCGGGCACCGUGUCUGUGUCGGGCUGGGAGGAGGGGCAGGCUGCGCUGCCAGAGCUCAGCAGUGGGAGUGGGGGCGCACAAGCAGCUGCUCGAUAAGACUAUUCUGGGGGUAAAGUUGAGCUUCCAUUUUGAGUAACAGAAUAAAUAUUAUAAAUAUAUAUCAAAAGCCAAAAUCUUUAUUUUUAUGCAUUUAGAAUAUUUUAAAUAGUUCUCAAUAUUAAAAAGUUGUAUGAGUUGUAAGUAAUCUUGCCAAAAGUAAAUGGGUUAGUUGUAAGAAAUUGUACAUAAGAUUGAUUUAUCAUUGAUGCCUAUUGAAGUAAAAGGAGGAGAGGUUGGUAGUCGCAGGCAGCAUCCCUGGCUUGUUUGUGAUCACUCAUCGCCGGCACUCUGUGACCAGCACAGUCACUAGUCAGGAGGUUGUAGACUAAAUAAAGAAACGAAAGAGCAGUGUUGUCCUGGUUUUAAACCUCUGGUGAAGUUCUGUGUCUAAUUAUUUUAAUUCAGUCAAUUUGUGCUCUACAGAAUAUGUAUUAUCUUUACAUAUUGUUGCAAUUCCUUAUGUUAAUCCUUUGUUUUAGCACUAAGAUGGCAACAUGAUAUCCACAAGAAGGGAACACAGGUUACUGUGUUGGUUUGUAAUGUGGGUUUUGUCAUUUAAAUUUUGUCCCAAGUUUUGUGGGCAUGAAGGUUAGGGUUUUGUGUGCUUUCUGUGUCCCAUAGUCCCCCUCUUCCUGUGAACAGAACAUCCAUUGCCAGUUGCAGCUACUUGACCUCGGGUAACAUGAGAUUCCCAUCUCACUUUUACUUUUGAACGUCGGCCUUACAAUCAAAUGUAAGUUAUAUAUACAUAUAUAUAUAUUUGUACUGACGAGAAUUUAUAAUCUGCUUUAACAAAAAUAAAUGUUCGUGGUAGAA